GAGAGUGAUUGGUGGGCGGGGUUUGUGACGUAAAGGGGCGGAGUUAGUAACUGAACUUGAAGCGCUCUUCUACCAAACUUCCGCUUCCCAUUCAUUUCAUACCACCACGCUGGAGGAGAGCUGGAGGAGAGAGGCUGUAGGAACGUAAUGAAACAUCUGUGAAAUAUGAGGAGAGAAAUUGCAGCUGUGGUGUUCUUCCUGAAGAAGCUUGUGAAAAAGGGGGAUAAGUUGGAGUCGCACAAGAUCGAUGUGUUUGUUGAGAGGCUGGCUGCUGCACUGCAGGAGAAUUUCAAGGGUCACUGGUACCCUGAAAACCCCAGCAGAGGACAGGCGUACAGGUGCAUCCGAGUGAACCGGUUCCACAGGCAGGAUCCAGAGCUCCUUCGGGCCUGCCGAGAGAGCGGGGUUCAGUACAGUGACCUGAGUCUGCCUCGUGAACUCACACUGUGGGUGGACCCUGGGGAGGUCUGUUGCAGGUUCGGAGAACAAAAUCCCUGCUUCUCAGUGGCCAGUUUCUCCAACGACGAUGAGGAUGACAAAGAUGUUGUGACGGUGACUCGUGCUUUGGAGAGGGUGACAUCAGACUACCACUCAGGUUCUUCUUCUGACGAGGAGAGCACGCGCAUUUCCUCCCCCACUGUCGUCAACAGCCGCUGUGCUAACCAGGCGAUGAAUCCAGCUGCUCCUACGUGGCAUCCUAAGAAGAUGGUACCAGCGAAAGGUUACGUCCUUCCACGGCCUCACCGCGGCUUCAGGCCUCGCGGCAGAGCCUCCCACACUUUGAGGCCUCAUGCGUGGGCGCCUCAUGCGUGGGCUCCUCAUGCGUGGGCUCCUCAUGCGUGGGCGCCUCUUGGCUACGACGGAAGGCCUGGGUACUGGGACUCAACCCAAAAUCACGCACUUGGUUACUGAUAGGAACCAUAGUACCUAUUGUUCACACUAGACAUUCAAGCUGAGGACCACUUUAAAAUGACUGGAUGGUUUUUUAAACAUGAAUUUUUAUAGAUUACAUAUUAACUGUUUUUGACAAAAACUCUUUUUUGCACUUUAGACUAUUUGUUAUAGUUGAAAUAAAUCACUUGUAUUAAAUUAGAUAUUGAAAUUGGAAUACUACACAUUUUGAAGUACUGUAUUUUUACAAUGGGAGAUGUUCGUGUGUGACACCUGUUUUGUCCUUUGUGAUAAAAAUGUUUUAUUUAUUCGUAGUGCAGAAUUGUCAUAUGUAUUGGCUUAAAUUUAUGGAGUUUUAUUAAACACAAUUACCAAGCAUGGUGA